UCUAUGCCUUGCCAUCGAGCUGUGAGAGCAUUAUGGUAGUGUGAGGCGAUAGAGAAGACAAGUGCUCAUAACCAACCACCACUCACUCCUCUCUCUCUCUCUUUCUCUACACAACCUUUCCCUUCCGUGUUUCUACUUCCUAGAGGGAGGAAAGAGAGAUCUCAAGGAGCGCAUGCUCCGGUUGCUAGCUUCUUCGGUUCGACAAUAUUCGCGUAUAACUGCGGCGGCCCUUCGUUCUCAAUCACCUUUCAGAAUUAAUUGAUUAUCACCCGAUCGAUCGGUCGUGCAGAAGGAGCCGGCGGAGGCAAACAGAGUCAGCUGGUAGACUGCUAGCUUCCAACAAGAAGUACACGCGCAGGCACAGUCUCGCUGCUGCCACACACUGGGUGACUGGACUAGUCGGUGUGACCGGCCGGUACGGUGGUGGCUUCUUUGCUUGCUGCUGGAUCCUUCUUUCCUUCUGUAGCUAGCUCGUGGCCGUCGACGUCGUCGUCGUCGGACGUACGUACGCCAGAAGAGGGAGAGAAGAAGAACAGCGACAUAUACAGUACACUCGAUCGAACGAUCGAUCAGCUUCGAAUUAAUGGCAGCUGCCUCGUCGUCUGCCCACCUGUUCGGACUCGGCGACGCGCAGAUGCAGAUGCAGCAGCCGCCGCCGCCGCAACAGCACCAGCACCAGCACCAGCAGGCGGCGGCGCCUCCUCCUCCGAACCCGGCCGCGCCGGCGCCCAAGAAGAAGCGGAAUCAGCCCGGUAACCCAACAGACCCAGACGCGGAGGUGAUCGCGCUGUCGCCGAAGACGCUGCUGGCGACGAACCGGUUCGUGUGCGAGGUGUGCAACAAGGGUUUCCAGCGGGAGCAGAACCUGCAGCUGCACCGGCGAGGCCACAACCUGCCGUGGAAGCUGAAGCAGAAGAACCCCAAGGACGUGCGGCGGCGGGUGUACCUGUGCCCGGAGCCGACGUGCGUGCACCACGACCCGUCGCGGGCGCUGGGCGACCUCACGGGGAUCAAGAAGCACUACUGCCGCAAGCACGGCGAGAAGAAGUGGAAGUGCGACAAGUGCAACAAGCGCUACGCCGUGCAGUCCGACUGGAAGGCGCACUCCAAGACCUGCGGCACACGGGAGUACCGCUGCGACUGCGGCACACUCUUCUCCAGGAGGGACAGCUUCAUCACCCACCGUGCGUUCUGCGAUGCACUGGCGCAGGAGAGCGCGCGGGUGCCGCCCAUCGGCGCUGGCAUGUACGGCACCGGCGGCAUGGCCCUCGGCCUCUCCGGGAUGGCCGCCUCCCAUCAGUUGCAGUCCUUCCAAGACCAGGCCCACUCCUCGGCCACCACCACCAUCGGCAGCAAUCCGGCGGCGCAGUUCGAGCACCUCAUGCAGCCGUCCACCGGCUCCCCCGCGUUCCGCGGCGCGCAACCGACAUCGUCGUCUUCCUCGCCGUUCUACCUCGGCGGCGCCGAGGACGGCCACCAGAGCCAACCUAGCCACUCCUCUCUGCUCCACGGCAACAAGCAGGUCUACCACGGUCUGAUGCAGCUGCCGGAGCAGCAUCAGCCGGGGAGUAACAACGGCCUCCUCAACCUGGGGUUCUUCUCGGGCGGGAGCGGCGGACAGGACGCCCGCCUCGUGUUCCCGGACCAGUUCAACGGCGCCAUGGGCGGGAACGUCCGCGGCGACGGCAGAGAGCACGGUAACAGCGGCGCCAACACUGAGUCAGCGGCCAUCUUCUCCGGGAACCUAAUGGGAAACCAAAUGGCAAGCAGCGCCGGCUUUUCUUCUUCCUUGUACAACUCGUCCGAGACCGUCGCGCCGCCGCAGAUGUCGGCGACGGCGCUGCUGCAGAAGGCCGCUCAGAUGGGCGCGACGACGAGCAGCGGCAACGUGAACUCUCUGCUCAGGGGGCUUGGUAACGGCGGCGGCACCUUGAACGGGAGGCCUGCCGCCGGAGCAGCUAGGUUCAUGGCCGGGGAGAGCUCCUCGUCGAGGAGCACUUCUCAGGCCGAGAACGAGAGCCAGUUCCGGGACCUGAUGAACACGCUCGCAGCGUCCGGGAGCGGGGCUGGCACAGCGUUCAGCGGUGGGUUCCCGGGCAUGGACGGCAGCAAGCUGAGCACGAGAGACUUCCUCGGCGUCGGCGGCGGCGGCGUCAUGCGGAGCAUGGGUGGCGCGGCGGGGCUGCCGCUGCGGCACGGUGCCGCGGGCAUUGGCAUGGGCUCAUUGGACCCAGAAAUGAAGUAGGCGAUCGAAAUCCGAAACGAUCGACCACCGCAUGCAGCAUUAUGCUCCACUCUUGGCUCUUGUGUUGCAUGCAAGGUAAGUAGCAGCAGCCUAACCAACGACUAGGGUUCAUGGAUUUGGCUGAUGAAGAUGAGGCCAUCUAUCGUGCUAAAAAAAAAGAAGACGAUGCCAUCAACCAUGAUAUGUUUAUGGUGCUGCACGGUGCAUGAAUGGUGUUGGAGAUUGAUGAUACUAGCUAGUGUAGUACUAUAGUGUAGCUCCUGCUGGGGAUGUAAGAAUCGAUCAAAAGAAAUAAUAGCAGAGAAGGCUGGACCAGUUGUUAAAUUAAAUGCCGGUAUCUAUUUAAUUUUGGCUCU